AUGAUUCGAAGACCUCCUACAGCGAUCGAAUUGACUAUGGACGAUAUAAUUGAGUUCGAACAACAGCGCAGAAAGGUGAGACAAGAAAAGUUGGAAAAGUGCAUCUCGAAGAGUUGCUCGGUUUUCUUUGAGACCGGUGGCCCCAAAACGAAAACGGAAAUACACAACAGAAUCGGCUACAAUCCAUCGAACCCAACGACAAGUCAAUAA